AUGAAUCGCUGGUCGGUGGGCGGCGUGCCGGUGCGCGUGUUCAGGAACCACGAGCCCGUCGGCGCGCCGUACCUGGGCGGGCAGGCCAUGCGGGCGCACGGGAGCAUGUGGAACGGCGAGAGCUGGGCGACGCAGGGCGGCCGCGUCAAGACCAACUGGUCCGCCGCGUCGUACGGCGGAUACGCGGCCACCGCGUGCGUCGUGCCGGCGCCGGACGCCUCGUCGUCACCGGGCGACGCCGAGGGCGCGUGGAUGGACCGGCAGCCGGGACCCGAGGGCGUCGCGUGGGCGCGGGAGAACUACAUGAUCUACGACUACUGCGACGAUCGCUGGCGGUUCCCGCAGGGCCCGCCGGCCGAGUGCAACCUCGACCACCUCGGCUAA